AUGUCCAGAUUAUUCCAUAAGAAAGAACGUCAAGAAGUUGAAGAAGCUGCUCCAGUGAGUGAAGAUGUACCUAAUGGUGCAGGUGAUGAACAGCCCAAGCCCAGACAGAGCAAGGCUUUAGCCCACAUUGGUUCUUAUCCUUUGGUUCAGCAAACGAAAAACAUCCUAGAUCAGCUUCCUCCAGCUAGAAUUAUUGUUGCAAACACCAAACCAACCGUUGUUGCGAUCAUUAAUUCUAAACCAGUUGGUCUCAUAAGACCCGUUACGAAUGUCGCUGACCACUUGGUUGACAAGACUUUAAGCGUUUCAGAGAAAAUAGUACCCUCGAUGAAGACGAAGACAUAUCAAAGAUUAGGUGAGGAGCUCAUGCUACCAUACACCCUCACUAAAACUGUUAUUAUCAAAACCACAUCCAGCACAGCGAACGUUGCUCAUACCUACUUCUACGAACCUACUCAUGAGCAAAUAUUAAAAUUCAGAAAGUACUAUAACGAAAAAGUCAUCGACACUCAUGGGAAACCAUUGAUUAGAGGUUCACUAGAUUUCAUCGUCGGACCAGCAAACAAACAGUAUGAAAAGCUCAUUACCAAAGUACUACCUGAAGGUAAACAGGUGCCCACAAGCGGCUUCAGUAAUGAGGUUGACAGAAGUUUCGCCUUGACCUUCAAUAUGGUUACCCGCCUAAUCCCUGCCGCCGCCAAGAAAACCUCCAAAGUCAUCUGGACUCCUUGUAACUACGUCAAGCACGUCAACGGCGUCUUCAACGAAAACUUGGACAAACAAGAAGACUUGCAUUGGGGCAAUUCCUGGAAAGCUGCCAAAGAAGCGGUGGCUGAAUUGAACCAAGAAACCAUCGGACAUGUCAGGCACAUCAUCCCAGGUGGCGGUCACAGACCUUUCGCCUCUAGAAUUGAAUCCGAGGUUGCCGAACAAGAGCUUCUACAAGAACAGCUACAGCAGUUACAGCAGGAACAAGAUCAGCAACUACAACGUGAUGCUGGCGUUGUUGCUUAA